CCAACACAACGCCUGCCGGAGCAUGAGGAAAGCUCGCAACUGUUUACAGAAAAACAGCAAUUCAUUUGAGCCUGCACGCGUUUUUCAUAAAAAGAAUAAAACUCGAGACAUAAAAGAAUAAAACUCAGGCCUUGUCAUGUCGGUUAACUAUGCGGCUGGACUGUCUCCUUACGCGGACAAAGGCAUCUGUGGACUUCCCGAGGUGUUCGAUGAGCCGGACGACUUGCGAGAGAAAGUGGAGACUUUGGCUCAGAUGAUCAGAGACUCGCAGUACCUGGUGGUGCACUCAGGCGCAGGAAUCAGCACCUCUGCAGGCAUACCUGACUUCAGAGGCCCAAAAGGUGUCUGGACAAUGGAGGAAAAAGGAGAGAGUCCUCAGUUCGACACUACCUUCGAAGACGCUAAGCCGAGCGUGACUCACCUGGCGCUGCUGCAGCUGCAGAAGGCCGGCUACCUCAAAUACCUCAUCAGCCAAAACGUAGACGGCCUUCACCUGCGUUCGGGUUUCCCCAGGGACCGAUUGUCUGAGCUUCACGGGAACAUGUUCGUCGAGGAAUGCGAGAAGUGCGGCAAGCAGUAUGUGCGUGAAAAGGUAAUUGGGGUCAUGGGUCUGAAACCCACGGGGCGCUACUGCGAAGGCACACGAUCCAGAGGACUGCGAGCCUGCAGGGGGAAGCUGAUCAGCACCAUUCUGGACUGGGAGGACUCACUUCCUGAGCGGGAUCUGAACCGUGCAGAAGAGGCCAGCAGGCGAGCUGACCUGGCUCUUACCUUGGGUACGUCUCUACAAAUUAAGCCCAGUGGUGACCUGCCUCUUCUGACUAAACGUACCGGAGGUAAAGUAGUGAUCGUGAACCUGCAGCCGACCAAACACGACAAGCACGCCCACCUGCUUAUCCACGGUUACGUGGAUAAAAUCAUGAGUCAGGUGAUGAAGCUCCUGGGCCUGGAGAUCCCACAGUGGACGGGGCCUACGAAGUGCGAGUCUUCAGGUGGUGACGCGGACAUCCUGCCUUACGGAGCCUGGAAAAAGGAAGUCAAGAUCGAACUAAAGAUAGAAGAAAAGAAAGAACCCGGAGCGAAGAGAAAAACGCCAAAGAAGGACAAUAAUCGAGGAGUCAAAAAAGAGGAAGAUGAUGAUGAGGGGCUGAAGAAAUCAUGUAAACAUGAGAUUGUGGUUGACGGUAGAUCAGAAGCAGACAAUGAGCUUAACAGAGUCAAUGAGGAAUUUGCGACUGAAGUCUCUUCUGUGGGUGAAGCUAAAAAGCCACGAAUCAACAAUCCAUCCUCAUAGAAACUCUCCUUUUUUUUUUUUUUUCUUUUUUUCAAUAAAGAAUUCUCAGUGCAUAAACCAGCAAUACAUUCUCAGGCAUAUUCUCUACCACCUCACAAAUCUAGGCAGCCACUGUGUCUGUACAAAUUUUUUUUUAUGUCAAGUCAAUAAAUGAAAUAAGAAUCUCAA